GUAAAUCUCCCUAGCAGACUAUCAAGUCAACCUACGUUAUCCUAACCACAACAUCAAACACACAGAGAGCAUUACAACUUCUCCUAGUACUCGGAAUGUCGAACAACGAAGCACCAGCUGCCAGACUGGAAGGACUGGAAGAUGAAAAUGAUACUGAGGUAUUUGACGUUGGAAUGUUUGAAAGCGGUACCGUUGGUAGCGGGUUUCAUAUCAAGAAUAACCCGAAAGAUCUGUAUCAGCGGCCAGAUAUAAUUCAGCGGACUGGACAUGGUGUUGAUAUUAGAUGUACUCUUAUUGAUGUCGUUCAUGGAGCUAUGUCUGCAGAUAGCGACUACUGGGCGACUAUACUGGUAUUACAAUUUCGGUUCGACCCUCAAAAGAGAGCACGUCGAGUCGCAGAGGCAACGAUUGAACUAUGCUUUGGCGCUUCUGAUGCAAACAAGAAUUUGCCCGAGAUCGACGCAAUAUCCUUCGACGGAAAUUACAGCUUUUUGUCUAGCAAACAAUCUGAAACUAUUACCAAAGGUUGUGAUGGGAAUAUUGGAGCCAGCUACGGCGCUGAUCUUGGGGCGUCAAUAAAAUGGGAGAAGACGGUAGUUCGUGAAACGGCAGAUGCAACUACGAUAUGCGGCGGGAAGCUCGUAGUGGACAACAUGCCCCCCAACCGCAUUGCCAAAUGGACUUUGUUAGAAAACAAAACUCUCAGAACAGGGGUGCCAGCUUCCAUCCGAGUGGCGGUGAGAAUCAAGAGAUUGGACGAGGCUAUAUUCACCUGCCUUCCAAGACUCCAAUGCAAAGCAGACAAAUGGACGACACUAAAGACGUUCUUUGGAGGAGUGCCUGAAGAUGACCCAGUGCUACUCAAACCAGAACUAAAGCCGACGAACAAGCUUAUGGCAUAUGACACUGAAGAGCUGGGCAGUGUCGACCUGCAGAUGCUGAGCGAUGUGACUUUUACAACAAUGAUACUAGAUGCUCAGAAAUAGUCUAGAUAGUUAUGGCUUCGACGCCGAAAUAGGUUAAAGAUGAGUUAAAUGUUUGUGAAAGCCAUUUCCAUAGGCA